AUGGAGGAGCUCACGGAGGCAGAGCGGCGGGCGCUGCGCGGCAGCAAAUUUCCGCCGCUGCAGCAGGAUCCUGAUCGAUCGGGGAAUGCGCAGCCCAGGCUGGCUCAUCCAGGGGGAGCGCUCACCACCAACAAAGCUGCGGCAUUGGCUAAGUUCCUGGAGAGGAAGCUCAAGGAGCCUGGGAGUCUCAGCUCGCUGGAUCCAGAUAUCGUGGAGAGGGCAGUGCUCAAUGCUAAAGCCGCUGUUAAUCCAGGGAAGCAUUCCACCGGAUUGAAGAUCCGUCACGUUACUUCUUUUUCGGACUCUGAGGAGGAAUCGAUGAAGAGAACAGCGGGGCCGAGCUCGUCGCUGUCCGUUGCUGCUCCUGUCAUAGACAAAAAGAAGAAAAACAAGAAGAAUAAGAAGGGCAAGAACAUCAUGAAGAAGAAGAAGAAGAAAAAGCAAAAGCAAAAACAUAACAAACAGAACUAAGUCAAAGCUUGGAAAUGCAAUAGAAAAGCGCGGCCUACAGAAGUACGUCCUUUCGGAACC